GGCCAGGACAGCUGUGGGUGUCGUCCUGGCCACCCCCCCACCUGGCCGUCUGGGCUUGGGAGCCGGACCCGCUCAGGUUUGAAAGAUGGCCCCAUGGCUGAGGGGCCUGUUACCUAACCCUCGAAGCCCCGCUUUCCAGGCGUGAAAUACAGCCUACCUUACGGGGUGGUGAAAAUUCAACAGGAGGUUCGCACAAAGCGCCCGGCACACAGAAUGUGCGCUAACCCCGACGGCUCACCUUGUUCGGCCUCUGUUUCCCAAGGGCCUCCCACAUGCCAAGGCCAGUGUUGGCUGCUGAAGGUCAGCCCGGGUCCCCACGCCACAGACUGGUCAGCGCUGGGAUCGAGGACCUAACCUGCCGGGAGGGCAGGACAGGAGGCCUCUGGGAGUUGGGGGAGGUGACAGUGAAUGGGCGGAGUGGCCCCUCUGCUGGACUAAGGGAAGCUGUCAGGGCACAGGGCAGAGGGUGAUGGGGGGACAGCAGGGUCCCAGAAGGCUGUUGAAACCUGCUGAGGCCAGGACAUUGUCCCAGAGCCGGAUCUCAGCAGGGAAAUCUAUCCACCAUGGGAAAGGCUCCGGUGAUGGCCCAUCAGGCCCAGAAAGGAGGCUGGAAGUCACUCCCGGGGGGAGGGUGGUGGCCAGAGGAAGGGAGGGGCUCAGGCCUGGUGACUGCCACUUCCCUCCCAGGGCUCGUGCCUGGGCUCCGCAACCCCCUCUUGACCCUGCUCCGCCAGAUUUUCUCUAGGGAGCACCGCACCUCACUCUAUGCUGUCCUGGGACAGAAGAUGAGCCUGUCUGUCCUGGAGGGCAUGGGCUUCCGUGUGGGCCAGGCCCUGGGCGAGAGUAUCUGCCGCUGCCCCCAGGCUGCCCCAGGAGACGCUGGCCUUCAGGGAGGAGCUGGACGUUCUCAAGUUCCUGUGCAAAGACCUGUGGGUGGCCGUGUUCCAAAAGCAGAUGGACAGCCUCCGCACCAACCACCAGGGGACCUACGUGCUACAGGACAACAGCUUCCCCCUCCUCAUCCGGAUGGCCUCCGGCCCGCAGUAUCUGGAGGAAGCACCCAAGUUCCUGGCCUUCACCUGCGGCCUCCUGCGAGGCACCCUCAGCACCCUGGGCAUCAAGAGCCUGGUCACCGCCUCCGUGGCAUCCCUGCCCACCUGUAAGUUCCAGGUGGUGAUUCAGAAAACCUGAGAAGCCCCGGGCCCGCACCCCAGCUGAGCCUCACCGCCGCCCCGGCCCGGGGGGGCCUCGGACCACUGCCUUUGGGGGUGGCCAGAGGGCUGGUGUUGGGCACCCCAGACUCUAUGGGUGAUGAACAGGUGGGGGGCGGGGGUCCAGCCGCUUCAGGGAGUCCCAUGUGCUCAGGCGGGUGUCCCAGGGAGGUAAGGGCAUCCCAGGUUGGGGCUGGUGUGAAGGGUUCCCUGCACGGGACUCCUCCUUCUGCGCGGCAGGUGCCCAAUAAAGGUUUUGCGUGUGGA